AUGUCAAAUAAUAAACAAGUUGAUACGAUCAUAAAUAAACUACUAAAUGAACAAGAAGAAAGAGAAACUAAACAACCUUCAGAUAAACAAGUACAAGAAAUUAUUCAAGAUCAAAGUACAUCAAAAAAUUUAUUAAAGACUAACCCAUCAACUCAAAAAUCAUUAGUACCACCAUUAAAUUUUUCAUUAGUUGAAGAUGGAAUAUAUAGAAGUGGAUUUCCUAUGCCCAUAAAUUAUCAAUUUUUACAAAAAUUAAAACUAAAGACAAUAAUAUACCUUGGAGAUUUAUCAAUUAAGAAAUCAAAAGAUAAAAAUAAAAAUGGAUCAGUAGAUAUACUAAAUAAUUACCUAAAAUGGAUAGAUACUACCAAUAUUCAAUUUCAUAAUUUGUUAAUUGAAUCAUCACAAGAACCAUUUAAUAAAUUGGAAGAAAAUGAUCAAGCAUUAAAAAGUUUAACUAUUGCAUUACAAUUAAUUUUAAAUAAGAAACAUUACCCAAUACUAAUACAUUCAAAUAAAGGGAAACAUAGAACUGGUUUACUAGUUGGUCUAAUGAGAAAAUUACUACAAGGUUGGUGUCUAAGUGGUAUAUUUGAAGAAUAUGAAAAAUUCGCCAUGGGUAAAUCAGAAUAUGAUUUAGAAUUAAUUGAAUUAUGGCAACCAGAAUUAUGGAUAGAUGAUAAUGAUAAACCUGAAUUUGUACGAACAUAG